UGUGGGGAUGAUGAAUAUAUAAUGAUGAAGAAAAAGAAUAAAGGUCGGAGUGGGAACAGACGGUUAAUGGUUCUGAAACAGUGGGAUGAAAAAAAAAAAAAUAUAUAUAUAUAUAUAUAUAAUAAUAAUAAUAAAAAGAAUGGGACAAAGUGGGAGUGUGUGGAGAAUUAUUAUUUUAGAGGAUGGGGUAUGGCAGCAUGAUGAUUAUGUCUUUGUUUUGGGGGUGUGAAUGUAUGGUGUGUGGGUUGGUGCCGAGAGUGAGAAAGCUGGUUUGGUGAGGAAAGGAAAAGGAAGUGGAGUGUCAGAUCCACUCACACUUGUUUUUGUGUUUUUGCUUUUAAACAAACAUGGCUCUCAUAGAGAGAGAGAAAGAACAAACAUGGCUCUCAAAUAUGGGUAGUAUUUGUAUCCCGGUAUUUGAUAUGAAAGAAGAUUCUGUAGGAAAAUCAGAGAAAAUAGUAGAAGCAUGCAGGGAGUGGGGAUGUUGCAGGAUCAUCAACCACGGCGUCCCACCGGAGUUGAUGGCGGAGAUGAAAGCGGCGACGCAGUCUCUGAUGGAGCUCCCGGUGGAGAGCAAACGGCGGUGAUGAUGAGGACGAUACUGAACCGGAACAUGAUGAGGGUACUGAACCGGCACCGCAAUCGGGACAUGGAAAGCAGGGUUGGGACCAAGUCACCUCGGUGGCCCGAGGCGAAGAAGAAGAGGAGGAAGAAGAUGAGUUGCUGCGAGGGACGAACUCGGGUGCAGCGGCGGCACCAUCGACGUGGCAAAGGUGGCGUUGCAUGUCUGAAUAUGUGUGUGAUGUCCCUCUGUUGAGUGGUGUGUGUUCUUUGGUCUCUAGAGAGAGAGAGAGAUGGCUAGAGAGAGGAAGAUGAAGUUACAGUCUGGGUAUGUGUAGAGGUCCGGCGGGCGGCCAAGGCGAGGCUACCGCCCGCCGGUGAAACAGAAUGACUAGGUUCUUAACCUAGCUCUGAUACCAUGUAAAAUGUAUGUAUUAUUGAUUGAUGUGUAUAUAUUACAAGAUUGAUGUGUAUAUUGAUAUACUUGUUAUGUUUACAAUGAUCAAAUAUAUAGAAGAGAAGAAGGUAGUAGGUGAAGUGGUAGGGGAUGAAGUGGAGGUGGUAGUGGUAGGUUAGGUGAGGAGGUGAGUGUGUGUGGUAAGUGGUAGUAGUGGGUUAGGUUUAGUGGGUUUAACAAUUAUAAUUUCAGGAUGGAUACUUGUGGAUAUCCACAAGCAAUUCUGUACAAUAUUACUGCUGAGACGUACAGGACUGGACCAUGGAAUGGUGUCCAGUUUAGUGGGGCUUUGAACUUGAAAAAAAACAGUAUCUAUAAUUUCAAUUUUACUUUUGACGAGCAGGAGGUGUCUGGUGGUUACGAGCUUGUCAACAGCGCAGUUAUUUCAAGGUUAGUGUUGAGUCAGGAUGGUGUUAUGAGGCGCUGGACAUGGAUUGAUCGAACACAAGAUUGGAACCUUUACAACACUGCACCAGCUGAUAGCUGUGACAAUUAUGCAGCGUGCGGUGCUUAUGGUAGCUGCAACAUUACUAAUUCCCCAGUAUGUGGGUGUUUGAACAAAUUUGUCCCAAGAUACCAGAAGGAUUGGGAUAGGGGAGACUGGUCAAAUGGAUGCAUGAGGAGGACACCCUUUGUUUGUCACCAUGGAGAUGGAUUCCUAAAGUAUUCCAGGGUCAAAUUGCCAGACACACAAAAUUCAUGGUUCAACGUGAGCAUGACCCUUGAGGAAUGUGGGGCACUGUGCUUGGAAAACUGCUCUUGUAUGGCAUAUGCAAAUUUAGACAUACGAGAAGGAGGAACUGGUUGCUUGCUUUGGUCUGGCCACCUGAUUGAUAUCAGAGAGUUCAGUGAAGGCGGGGAAGAUCUCUAUGUGAGGAUGGCAUCCUCUGAGUUAG